ACUCUGCCAAUAUUUUUUAUUUUAUAAAAAUUUAUUUUCUAUUCAAUUUAUGCUCUUUUUACUCCAUCUCGUCCCUUUGCAAAGUUUGAGUACUUGUUCUUCCUUUUCGUUUAACCUACCACCCACCACUGUAAAUCAAGCCCGCCGCUGGUAUAAAGGUUUACGAUCUUGAGACAAAUCACUUUGUCCUACUGGGAGAGUUCGGAGCAUAGUGCUGGUAGAAAUUUAUUGAAUAAAGUGGUUAUCUAUCUGAUUUUGGAGCUCAUUCAUUUGAUUCAAACGACAUUACAAGUCUGCCCCUAUAUAUGAGGCUAAUAACUCUGUUGAAGAACUUCUGAAGGUGAGAAGAAGUAAGGAAAAGGAUGUUGGUGGCAUAAGAAUGGUGAUCUCUAGUUCCAAUCCACAAUAUAAGGAGAUAGUCAUCAGGAGGAGGAUUGGUAGCAUAUUCAAUAAACGGGAAGAUGAUUUUACAACUUUGAAGGAGUACAAUGAUUACUUGGAGGAAGUUGAAGACAUGACGGUUAACUUGAUUGAUGGAAUAGAUGUUGCCGCCAUUGAAGCACAUAUUGCUAAAUACCAAGAAGAAAAUUCAGAACAAAUAAUGAUUAAUCGAGCCCGAAAGGCCGAAGAAUUAGCUGCAGCUAUGGCAGCAAUCAAGGCACAGCCUGCCGAAAUUGAUAAUGAUGAUGCAAGCCAAAAUUCGCAAGCCGGGAUUGGUACUGUUCCUCAGGGGCAAUAUGCACCUACAGUUGCAGGAGGACAGCCUAGACCAACGGGCAUGAUGGGACCACAACCUUUACCUCUUGGAGGAAGUGACACUGGCUACAUAGUUGAGACCGAGGAAACACUUAGGCGGCGAGCAAGGGCUGGAGGGUGGAGUAAAGAAAUAUGCAGGAAGAGAGCUUUUGAAGAAGCUUUUGGAAGCAUUUGGGUUUCAUAGAGACAAAUUCUUACAGAUACAUUGUCAUUCUCAUAUUACUGGUGUAAUUGGUCCGGCCUCGGACGGUUGGACCCUAUUUCCGGUCCGGUUUUAGAAUUAUGAAUGAGUUAAUGUUCAAUCACCUCAUAUUAUUUAAAAAAAAAUCAUUUUCAACUUAGCAAAUGAGAUUCUUACAAGUCUAUGUAAAAGGACUUAUUCUUAUAAUGGCCAAUUCUGUAGACUUAUAUUUGGCUUCCGCCACUUGAUUAAAAUAAAACAAAAAUUAGCACAAUUUAAGUUAAACACAAAUAAUAG